GUGUAUUUGACAAGUUCCUUCAAAAGGAGGUUCUUCAGGUGAGGCCAGUCAGUCACUCUCAGACCUCAGGAGACAUCCACCAGGAGCCGCUCAGCAGAAUGAAGAAGCUGAUCCUUGACUUAGACACCGGGGUGGACGAUGCUCAGGCCAUCAUGGUGGCCAUCGCCGACCCCGAUGUGGAGAUCUUGGGGAUCACCUGCUGCCACGGCAACACACCCCUGGAGAACGUCCUCAAGAACACGCUGCGUGUCCUGAAAGUCUGCAAGCGGCUGGAUAUCCCAGUGUAUCGCGGCUGCUCGACAUCCCUGCUGGGCCGCGAGCAGCACGCCGGGGAUUACCACGGGAAGGACGGCCUGGGUGACGUCCCGGAUGAGGACGCUCCGGGCCUGGAGCUGCUGCAGAAGAGGAAAGCCGCGCAGGCCUUGGUCAAGAUGGUGAAAGAGAACGCUGGAGAGGUGACUCUCGUGGCCACGGCGCCCCUCACCAACCUGGCGGUCGCAGUGCAACUGGACCCCUCCCUCCCCAAGAAGCUGAAGGCGCUCUACAUCAUGGGGGGGAACACUGAAUCCAGGGGUAACACCACCGUGUGUGGAGAGUUCAACUUCGUGGCUGACCCCGAGGCGGCCUACAUCGUGCUGGACCGCUACACCUGCCCCACCUACAUCGCCACCUGGGAGUUCAGCUGCAGGAACAGCCUGCCGUGGUCUUUCUGCGACGCUUGGCUGGCUCAGGACACAGAGAAGGCCCGCUUCAUGGAGAAGAUUGCGUGCCUCUCCAUGAAGAAAGCUCAGUCGGCAGACUAUCAGAAGGAGAUCACGGAGGGGAAGGGGUUCAACUCCUGCGACACCUACGCCGUGGCGGCCGCCAUCGACGACACCUUCAUCACCGAGAGUGACGAGGUUGCAGUGUCAGUGGAGUUGGAGGGGACCUACACCCGAGGCAUGAUGGUGCUGGACUACAUGGGUCUGCUCCAGAAGAAACACAAGGCGUUUGUGAUGAAGCAAGUCGACUUGGAGAAGUUCAAGCAGAUGUUCAUGAACUCACUGAAGUAGAAAAGUUAUACUGUCACAUGCCGAGGGCCUGACGUCAGUUUAAUAAAAAUGAAUAA